ACCUCAGUGGUCACUUAGUCAUAGAGGGCCAGUGGAGGCUGGGAAUUGGCAGGAAUAUCUGCCAAGUGGCCCCCAGCACUUCUGCCCCCAAAGUUUCGGGAAGGGACAGUCCUAAUCCUUGCCAUCCCUCAGUUGUCCAGAUCGAUGGCGAGAACUCUGCUGGGUAGACGGGGCUUUUCCUCUCGGCUCUGCUGGGCCACGGCUGUGCCGUGCGGCUCUUGCUGGCCAAUGGUGCCAACCCCAACCAGUAAGUGGACAGGCCACAAUGCCCCAUACUCCCAGGGCCCAGAUCCUGAGACCUGGUUUCUUCCCCAGAGGCCUCUUUUCCUCAUAGUUCUUCCAGUUACUGUGACCCCCUUUGCCCUCUAAGCCCCUCCUGUCCCCCAGGGAUUUCUCAUUCCCCGGUGCUUCCUGAGCUCGUGGUGAUCCUCUCAUUACCACAAAGGCCCCAUAAGCCCUCACAUGACCUCUCCACCCUCCCACUUCCCAUGUUCCCUUGCCGCUCCUUUCCUAACCCAUCCCCACCCUCGUUAUUCCACCCUAGCCGCUGCCUGAACGGCAGCACACCAGUGCAUGCCGGGGCCUUCUCAGGCCGCAGCCAGGUCAUGGCACAGCUACUGCAGGCAGGGGGUGACCUGUGUCUGCAUGACCAGCAGGGUCACACACCACGAGACUGGGCUGAGCAGGGUGGUGUCAGACAGAGCCGGGAGGUAGCGGAGCUGUUGCAGCUGUGCCGCACCCACAUGUCCGCACUAUUGAAUGGCGGGGAGUUAGCACCUUUUGCAGCCCUGGGCCCAUUGUACGCCGGCUCUGGGCACGGCCUGUGUGGCUCUUUGUCUUCACUGAUACAGGCAGAAAGGACCCCGAGGCCAGAGCAAAUUGGGAGAUCUCUCCAAACCCCCCUAGCCUUGGGGUUCGGUCAGCUGAGAAGCCUACAGCCACUGGGGCUGGUAACGGGCCCGCCUAUGGUGGACCCCAAGGAGCUGCUGUCAGCCCAGGGCGAGCCUGACAGCACCUAUGAAAGCAGCUCCCAUACCCUCAUGGCCAACCUCCUGUGGAGGGGCCACCCUGUGAGCAGGCGGCAGCUGAAGGCCCCUGGGGCCUGUCCUGACGUGCUAUUGGCUGACCUUCAGCACUGCAGCACCUUGCAUCACCCCAACCUGCUGCCGCUGAUGGCACUGAGCCCCUCAGCAGACCUGGCAGGGCUAUGUCUUCUCUUCGAGCCUGUGUGGCUGGGCUCCCUGCAUGUGAUGCUGCACCCACCAAGGUGGAAGGAGAAGGGGCCUGGAACCGUGCCAGGCCUGCUGCCUGGCCACAUGCUGCUGCAGGUGCUGGAGGCCCUGCUGUUCCUGCAGGCCCAUGGGAGGGCCCACGGCAGCCUCAGUUCCCAUGCUGUCCAUCUGGUCCGGCCUGGCCUAGCUAAGGUCGGCAACCUAGAGCACGGACGCCCACUGAACCAACCUUGCCUGAGGCCCAGGCUGCAGCAGGGCUACCCCUGGGGAGGCCCAGGUAUAGGGCUACCCCCACCUCCUGAACUGUACCCAUGGCUGCCUCUGGAGCUAAUCCACGGUGACACACCUGCCACCACCUCAGAUCUCUACAGCUUCUGCAUCCUGGCUCAGGAGGUCUUCACUGGUCAAAUGGAUCUGCUGGAAGAGAUCAUGGCAGAGCUGCAAAAUAGAUGCCAACUUGAAGACAAGCCAAGCCUGGGCCCUACUACUGGUGCAGAUUCCUAGGGUGUCCUGACCCCUCUCUGCAGAUAAUGCCCCCUUGAGCCUUCCAGGAGGGCCUGACUCCUCACUCAGUGCCUGCCCCAAGGAAAGAAAACGACAAAGCAACCCAUCUGUCUCUUUGUUUAGAGUCUGGC